AAUCGUUGAAUGUCAGAAAAAAUAUUGUCCGUAUCAUUGUCAAAAUUUCUGACGAGGAGAGCAAACAUGAAGCUAAUAACCACGUUACAAAUGAAACGCAUAUUACACUAGAAGAGUUGCAGAAACUGAUUGAUGAGAGAAUUGCCCCGAUUAAAUUGGAACUAAAGAAUCCAGUAUGGAUUUCCAAAUUCAGGAUUAAUGAAAGAAUUGUAAAUAGAUAUCGAACAGGUCGUGCGUUAGUCGCUGGAGAUGCUGCUCACUGUCAUUCGCCAUUUGGUGGUCAAGGCAUGAAUUUAGGAAUUCAAGACGCUCAUAACCUAGCUUUUAAAUUGGCACUAGCUAUUAGGGGUCAGGCAGCUGACGUGGAUAAACUUAUUGAUAGUUAUGAACAAGAACGGUAUCCCGUUGCUAAAAAAGUUGUUUCAGGUACUGGUUUUUUUACAAAAAUGUGGAGUGGUAAUGAUUUUAUUAGCAUAUUCCUCCGAACGCGCUAUAAACCUCGCUCAAGAGUUGAAAACAAAUUGAUCAAAGCAGGUCAUUACGCACUAGACGGAUUAUUAAAGAAAAUAAUUCCUCAUGAAAGUCAUGAGCGCAUAACUAUGUUUGAUGUCCUUCGUUUAACCGCAUCGAAGCACACCUUAAUCCUCUUUACUCUAACCAAGGGUGCUACUGCUGAUUGCAAUCCGCUUAUUCGUACUCUGUUGGAGAUAUACAAUGAUUAUAAAAGUACUAUCACACCCGUUAUCGUUUCAUAUCAGGGCGUCAUCCAGGCUGCUGAUGUACCAUUCAUGCCAUUCCUAAAAGAGGGCAGAGAACAGCAUAUAUUUGUUGAAUAUAAAUUCGAAUUGCAUGAAAAAUAUGGCAUUACGAAAGAAGUCGGGCAGCAGGCUUUCGUACUUGUUCGACCUGAUUUAUACGUUGCAAGCGCGGUGUUUGAAGAUAACGUGGAUGAAUUAAAGGCAUUUUUAAGAGGAUAUUUGGUCAAGGCAGAUGGAUAG